AUGAAUUCUCCCACUUCGGAUGUCGAAAAGCGUCCUGAAGAUGCUUCAAAUGGAUCAGAAGCUCGCGCUGACUUGGAUGAAGAAUGGACGGAGCAAGAGGAAAAGCAGGCGCUAAGACAGCUGGAUCUCUCGUUGAUGUCACUCCUGUUUGUGCUUUACAUGCUGAGCUACAUUGACCGGUCAAACCUUGGAAGUGCUUAUGUUGCAGGCAUGGGAAAGAGUUGGGGAAUCACCUCGAGGCAGUAUUCCUGGAUAAUCAUUGUCUACUACAUAACAUAUCCGCUCGGCCAUGUAUUCAUCCCGCUGUGGAAACUCCUCAAUCUACCGCUCUGGGUCACUUUUAUGGCAAUUGGCUGGGGUGCCAUGAGCAUGCUGCAAGCUGCCACAACCAAUUUCGGCGGCAUGAUUGUUUGCAGGUCUCUGCUCGGCCUCUUCGAAGCUGGCUUCUCGCCCGCAGUCCCACUUUACCUGUCAUUUUUCUACAACAAGCGUGAGAUAGGGCUCAGAUACGGUCUGUACCUGUCCGCCGCCCCGCUGGCAAACUCGUUCGCAACAGCACUUGCCUACGGCAUCGUCCAGGCCCGCACAGCCCUCGAAGGCUGGCAACUCCUUUUCAUCAUAGAGGGCCUCCCAACCAUCAUCGUCGCCCUAUUCACCUACUUCUACCUCCCCAACUCCCCCUCUGAAUGCCGCUUCCUCACCCCACGCCAAAACUACAUCAUCAACGCGCGUUCCGUCAAGGCCCGCGGCGACACGGCCAAAGGCAAGCUCAACACGCACGCCGCCCUCGCCGCCCUGCGCGACCCGAAAUGCUACUGCUGGGCCGUCCUCUUCUUCUGCUGCGACAUCGCCUUCGGUUCGCUGCCGGCGUACCUCCCCACCAUGGUCAAAGACAUGGGCUACACGGCCGUCAACGCGCAGGGCCUCUCCGCGCCGCCGUACCUCGUCGCCUUCUUCGUCUGCGUCGGCGCGUGCUUUUUGUCCGACCGCGCGGGGCGGCGUGGCGUUUUCCUCGCCGCGAGCUUCUGCGUCAGCGGGACGGGGUUCGUCGUGCUGGCGACGGUGGAAGCCGUGGCGGUGCGCUACUUCGCCAUCUUCCUCGUCUGCGCGGGCGUUUUUCCUGGCAUCGCGCUGAAUUGUGUGUGGUUGACGGAUAAUCAGGGGGGCUUCACGAAGAGGGGGUUUGGGCUCGCGUUUGGUGGGAUGGUCGGCCAUACUGGGUCGAUCGUGGGGGGCUUCAUCUUUCCGGCGGAGCAGGGGCCGCGGUACGUCAAGGGGAUGUGGAUUUGUGCGGGGACGAUGUUCGCGGGGGUGUGCAUGGCGUUGGGGUUGAGUUUGGGUUUGUGGUUGGUGAAUCGGCGCCGGGAUCGGGUGUAUGGGGAGAGGAGGACGGGGGAUGAGAGUCUUCCUGCGGAGGUGGAGACGGUGGGGGAUGCGCAUCCCAUGUAUCGCUACGUUUUGUGA